GUCCACCAGGAGCGGCACCGAGCUGGAGCUCCAGCGCUUUGAGGUAAGAGGGGAGGCGGACCUCUGGGGUUUGGACCUGCGCAUGGCUUCAGGAGGCCAGUGGCCACGUCAGCGCCAGGCAGACACAGGCUACACCAUCGAUGUGAUGUGCCCCAGGUGCAAAGCCGCUCCUGAAACCGCAUUCCAAAGAGUCUGGCAGUGCGAGCGCAGCAGGGACCAUCCCGACCUUGACAGCGCGCAGGCGCUGGCAGCGCAGGCCGCGGCCCAAUGGGAGUCCGACCCGCCCCUGUGGCCGGGAGGAGCGUCGCCGAGAGGCCUCGCCAGCCGCCGCUUCGAGGCCGCUGGAUCGGCCAGACAGCGCAUUCCCCGCACCAUUAAGCAGCAUAAGGCCCUGACGAAGGCGGCCCACAAUCGCGCGCUGGUCGGCGCCAGGUGGCGCUGUCGAUUGCGACGCCAGAUGGCGCCCUCGUCUCAGCUCGCGAAGUUUCGCGCCCAGCAGUGCCCAGGGUUCGCCCCGGCCGACGCCUCGAUUGCCUCGGAGCGGCCUCCGUUCGCGCGGCGCACUGGGGGCGUUGUCACUGGCUCUGCGCAGGCCGCCCAGCAGGCCCGCGCUGCCCAGGCGGCCGCGGCCGCGGCCCAGGGCCCCCACGCCCUGCGGAUCGCUCCCCCCAUGCGCCAGCCCCGCCGGCCGCGCCUCUGGCACCGGGCGGCCUGCCUGUGCCCGCUCGGUGGGCUCGCGGCCCUCCCCGGCUCGGUCGAGGAGCCCGCAGGUCGGCUGGCCGAGGGCCCGGUGCGCCAGCCGCACGCCGGCCUGGCCAAGGCGGAGCUCCGGAAGAGCGGCCCGGGCCCUGCUGCUGCGCCGGCCCCGCCCCCGCCGACCCCGCCCCCGCCGGAGGCCGCGGUGCUGGCCGAUUGGGAGCAGCUGCGGGUCCUGGAGGGGCUGCUGCAGCACCCCGACGCACUGGUGCGGGACUCCGUGGGGCUAGCCGUCCAGGCGGCGAUUGAGGAACGCGAGGCGCGGCAGUCGAGGCGCGGGGAGCCGCCGUGGUACGCGAAAUGGUAUACUGGGUAUGCCUACCUGUUUUUUGGCGUGGAGGUCGCAGUCAUGUCGCUGAUCGUCAUCGCUUUUGAGGGCGCCUGGCUUCAGAGUUCCCUCGCGCCCAGUCAGGGCUGCUGGGAGCGGUGCCGGAAGUCUUGGCGCGCGCUGGUCUCGCGAUUGCAGGACCGGCACUCUUGGAGCCGGUUGGGUAGCGCGUCCGACGCCACGGAGAGCGGCGAGGAGCGGCUGUGCGGUUCUUCCAAGGGCGCGGUGUCUUUUUGGGAGACCAUUUCGGCAGGCGUCGAGCUCCAGGAGCCAGCGGCGCACCUCGGCGCCGGGCCAGUCCAUGAGCAGACGGGCUCCGGAACGAAGCAGGACCGCAUCGAGGUCUGGAGUCUGCUGCAGGUGAACACGUUCUGGAAGUUCAUCCUCGAUACUCGUCAGACCAACUCUGGCGAGGCGGCGGGGGAGGAGAAUGAGGAAGACGACGACGGCGAGGAGCCUGACAAGGAAUGGGUGUUCUUCCCGAAGAGGCAAUUCAUGGGCAGGGCGGGUCACCGCGCGUAUGUCGAGCUGCGCCGCAAGGGGGACUUGUCGAAGGCACUGACCGUUGUGGCGAGGACCGUGGAGACACCGGAGUCCCAGUUCGCAGCCAGGGCGGACAGGGACUUCAUCCACAUAACGGCGGAGCUCACCUUCCAGCCCGGGCAGGCGAUCCAGGUGUUCGAGGUGCGCCUUCCCCGCGCCGAGAAGAUGUGGGUUCCGACCAGGUGGUUUCGUGUCGAGCUUGUCCACAUCGGAUGUAGGGCGCCCAGCUUCUUGGGCAGCGUUGCCUCCGAGAAGGAAGCUUGCCGCGGGCCAGAGGCGAUCGUCUACAUCUUGCAGAGCGUUGACUUCCCGCCAGGCGCAACGAAAGACAUGUGGAGCGAGGAGAGCACAGGCUUUUACCUGAUGCUUUAUUACCUGAAGAUGCAGUGCCACGCUCGGGGGGCCAAGUGGUUCAAGACCCUCGUAGGCCUGCUCUACGACCCUUUCCACCAGGUCGGGGUGACCUCAGUGAUCAAAGCACUCUUGCUAGACUGGGCGGCAAACGCCGAGUACGGGCCAUGCCAUUACUAUGAGAUUAUACUGCUCGGGAUUUGCUGGUUCUUCUCUACAGCCUUACAGCGGUGGGGUGACCAGUGCCAGACCAAGAUGCGUGGACGCACUGGCGGAAUCAGGCAAGGGCACCGAGGGGAACUGUUCGGUAAGAUGAUGAUGCUUGAGCUCACAGAGCAGAGGAGUGUCAAUACCGAGGAGUGGUUCUACACUGCCCUCCAGAGCGUUGACUCCGUUACGGCAGAUGGGUAUUGGCAGGGCGUCAACAGGCGCAGGAGGACGCAAGACUUGUUGAACAAGCGUUCUGACCACGAGUCCAUGUGGGUGGAUACGUGGGCGUGGCUUGCCUACGCCGGCUCUCAGCUGUUCAGCUUCGGCCCGCUGGAGAAGGCGCAGGUCGAGAAGAACUUUGCAGAGGAGAGCAAGAGCUUCGUGUCGGCGCACCAGAAGGCGCGGGACGAGCUCAACGACACGACGUGGAUCAUCCGAUGGGCGACGUCGAGCGCUUACUGCACCAUCAUGAUCCACGGUGGCUUCUCGAUGCUGCGAGGGCAGAUGACGCCUGGCCAGCUGGUCCUCAUGCUGAACGUCGCCCUGUCGUACGCGAAGUACCUCGACAGCGUGUUCAACUGCGCCGUCCAGCUGCAAAAAGGCGGAGUGGCUCUGAAGAGGCUGUGCCAGCUGCUCAACCUCCCGGAGCACCGCUCGCUGCAGGAGGAGCUGGAGAAGCAGGAGCAGCCCGAAGAAGCGGUACCACUCGAGGGCCGGCGCAGAGACCGGAGCUUGACCGUGCUCUCCACCCUGCAGCAGCUGGAGUUGCGCGAGGUCCAGCUGGACGUGCCAGUGAACUAUAGCCUGGGCCCCCUCAGCUCGCUGCGGCUGCGUAGCGGCGCGAGGAGCUUGGCUAUUCCGCUGGGAAGGGUUGUCCGGGUCCGGGGCGGCUCCGAAGGCCUCCGGUACAGUUUCAUGGCGCUGGCAGCAGGCGUGGUCCCGCCCACGAAGGGCGCUGUGGUCGGCCCAGGCGACGUCCGGGCCAUCAUGCUGGCAAUGUUGCCGAUGAGGUCCAGCCACCUCACCGUGCUGGAUGCGCUGAUGCUGGCUGGCGCCCGCAGGCACGUGGCGGAGAAUUUGGCCCGUGCGCUCGGCCUGGAGGCGGGCAGGGACACCAGGAGCUUGGCGCCAGGAGAGCUGCAGGUGCUCGCGCUCGUGCGCGCGCUGCUGCGCGACCCAGACAUUCUCGUGGCAUCCCGGCCGCUAUCCUACGUGCUGCGUGGGUUCCAGGCGCGCCUCGUGCACCUGUUGCGCGUCUGGCAGGCAGGGGGCGCCGAGGCGAUCCUGGACAUCGUGGACACCGUGCAGGCACACAGCCCUGCGAUGCCGGCAUCGCCAGAGGCCCCGCGCUGCAAGUGCCCGCUGUGCAGGCGCGGCAGGAGCCAGAGGACUUUGCUGAUCACCGACGAGGACGUGGACAUAGUCGACGACCCAGAGGACUACCUUAUAGACCUAGAGCAGUACGUGGAGGAG